UAUGUCUGAUAUGAAACACAUUCAUGUAACAGCGCCGGUUAAGCGUUAUAAGCAGCAGGACAUGACAGCAGACCUGUGCGUGUCCGUGAAUGAAGAGCUGCUGACCAGCUGCACUUCAGUGGGCUCCUGCUGAGCGAUUCUCAUCUAUAUUAUAAUUUAUUUCUACUGGAGCAUCAUGCAGUUGGAGGCUCAUCUUCGUCUCUCUCAGGGUUGUUUGUGGUUCUGUAAAAGUUCUCAGCGGCUGUUCUCACUCUGUACUGCACGCAGGUCAUCAACCAAUUACUAUGAACUUCUUGGGGUGAAAUCAGAUGCUACGCUGGAACAAAUAAAAAAUGCAUUCUUCAACCAAUCCAAAAAGUUGCACCCUGACAGUGACCCAUCCAAUCCUGGUCUGCACAGUCAGUUUGUGCAGCUGAACGAGGCGUACAGGGUGCUGUGCAGAGAAGGGUCCAGACGAGAUUAUGACCUCAGGCUGAGGUACCGGAAUGCUGCAGGUCCAACCUACAGAUCCUCCAGCUCCACCAACAGCCCCAGUGCGGAGGCUGCAGAGAGCAUGCGUUACUGGGAGCAGUUCAGACAGGCCCAGCCUCAGGAGAACACGGCUGAGGAGCGGGAAAAGAGAAAGAAACACAACAUGCAUUUGGUGGGCUACUGCAUGCUAACCAUGCUACUCAGUCUCUCCAUACAUUACUUUGGGUUCAGGAAACUGGAAGAGGUCCAUAAUAACUUCAUGGAUGAGAAGGAUAUAAUCAUCACUGAUAUCUACAGCAAAUCCAAAGAAAGAGCCAGAAUGAACGGCUUUAAGAAGCAGCAGGAGAUCUUGAGACAGAAGCACGCUGAGUUCCUGGAGAGAUACAAGAUCCGCAGUGAUGGAGAAGAUAAAUAAAGCAAGGAAAAGACAGAUCUAAAAGCUCAUCGCACAGUUAUGGAGAGAGUGCAAGUUGUGGAUGGACGUUGAAGAGUAAAUAGUAUUUUGUGUUCAUAGAUUUUAUGAAAUUUUUUUGGGUCACAGUGUGUCAAAUAUGUGUCAGUUUUUUUUAGCAGAAACUUUUUUCCAGUUCUGUUCUUUCACCCAAUUCCAUCAGAUUAAGGUCACAGAGGGUGCAAGGCAGAUUAUAGGCCAACAUGGCUCCUCAUGAGGUGUUAUACACCUGUACACUUACUGUAUUGUCUACAUUUACAGGCGACAUUGUAACUGCACCUGGAAAGGGUGUUAUGGAAUCAUUGCAUUCCUGAUAAAGUAGUUCAUCAAAACACUGAAUACACUGUACAUUGUGCACUUUGUUAAGCUCAGAGUGUCUGUGUGGGAGAGAGUUUCUCAUGGAAGAAUGUUAUACAGAUGGACAGGUCAGUGCUGUCCAGUGUGAGUUUUAAUUCAGGUGCUGGUUAUUUUCCAACUAUAUUGAAUGCAACAUCAAAUAAUCUUAUCUUGAGUUUCUUUCACCCACGUAACAGAUCUAGGCUGCAUAACAAAUGCAUUUCCUACAAGUUAUUUUACAGCAAGAUUAAACAAGUCUCUUAUCCUGAAUCCAAACUCUUUGCAGACCACUGCUGUCACAAGGCAUAGAUCCCAAAAUGAAGUAUUUUUAGAUAUCCAAAUCAUUGCAUUAUUUGAAGAAUGGAAAAGUAUUUUAGGAUUUGACCUUUAAUGUAAAUUCUUCAAAAGACAUUCACUUUAAAUUAGCAGAGCGCCUUCAUCUUUUUAUAAAUCAAAUAUUGAUUUUGUGUGAAAUCACGCAAGCCUUAAUGUCACUGGGUUUUGAAGUGAUUAAUAAUUAAAGAUGAUAUGGAUCUCAGUUAUGUAAAGUUUUUUAUCUGCACAAAUGUGUGUUUCUGUAGAUUUUUGCUUUUCC